CUAUCUUUUCUAGUCAGCCGAUUUGAUUCUCGGUGCACACGCUAAGAUGUACUCUAUGUGGACACAAUUUUGUUUGUACGAGUUUGGAAAGAUGGCAUUCAUAGUUAUAGCAUUGUGUGUGUUGAUCCUUCAUUUACUGAAAUGGGCAAGGAACUCUCAGUUCUACCAAAUGAUGAGAAAUGUCAAUUCCAAAACAUCGCCACAUAGAUAUAGGUCUACACCAGAAACCACAAAUCUUGCCCGGGUAGCAAGACUUAUCCUUGGUCCAUGCACAGAUCUGCUGCGUGAUGUCCUCAAAGGGAAAAUCUUACCAUCAAAGUUAUCAAAAACUGUCAAAAUUUUGAUUGAUGAUAUAAAAAAGAACAAAUUAAAGAAUCCCUUUAAUAAACAACAAACUGCUCUCAUCUUUCCCCUGCCAACCAAACAAUAUGGCGGGGAUUAUUCAGAUUUUGACAUUAGUUUGCUGUAUAUUCUUCUAAGUAAUGUGUGUAAAAUACCUCCACACAAUAACGGAUGGGGAAAAGAACCCUAUCCCACGGACAAUAGUGUAUCUGCCAACAUAGAAAGAAUCAGGCUGACAAGAAACAAGUACUAUGGACAUGCAGCAGAUUUCUCACUUUCAGAAUCAGAUUUUAAACAGGAAUGGCAAAACAUUCACGAUAUUACGGUUGAUUUAGAACAACACUUUGGAACUACCACUGUUUACCAAGAUGCUGUGAACGAUAUAAGAACUUGUUCUAUGGAUCCAGAGAUAGAGGCCAAAUAUAUUGAUAAACUUUUACUUAUUGAUGAAUUGUGUGAAACUGUUAAAAGUCACACGGAUGAAAUUAAGAAACUACAGCAAGAUAUCCUUCCAAAUGUUAAGGAUAAGAUUAAGAAACUACAACAUGUCAUUCCUCCAAAUGUUAAGGAUUAG